GUCAGGCACACAGGUACGGCACAGAACUUCCGGGGAGAGGAGCGCUCGCUGAGCCUCGUCCUGGGCGGGUGGCGCGAUGGCCGAGUCCCAGCUCGUGUGCCUGGAUGACGAGCACAUCAACGAGACGAUCCCCGAAUCCCGACCGCAGUUCUACUACAGCGAGCAGCAGCGCGCGGCCCUCGAGCAGCUGCUGCGCAACGGCGACGGCGCCUUCAAGAUGAGACUGAAGGAGGACAACAUCAAAGAUUUCCUGUCCGCGCGCGAGAUCAAGGGGAUCCGCAAAACCUUCCAGGAGUAUCAAUAUGAGGGCGACGGUGACGGUGACAAGUGGGAAUGCGAGCCGGCCGCGGGUUCGAGAGGCGACUCCGGGGUUCACUCCACUUACUGGCCCCAGCUGUCGGACACCGAGGUGCCCCCCUUGGACAUCGGAUGGCCGGACGGGGGUUUUUAUAAAGGAGUGUGCCGGGUCACGGUGUACAGCCACCCGCCCCGAGAAAACGGGCCGCACAUUAAACAGGUGGUGCGCAGCCUCAUCCAAGAGUCCUCCAAGUUGGUUGCCAUAGUGAUGGACCUCCUCACCGACCUCCAGAUCCUUCAGGACCUGCUGGACGCUGCUUCCAAGCGCAGCGUGCCGGUGUACAUCGUGCUGGAGGCCACAGGCAUCCCACACUUCCUGGACAUGUGCAGCCGACUGCAGGUCACUGCUACGCACCUCCGGAACAUCCGUGUGCGGAUGCUGGCGGGCUGCGGUCUGUCACUGUCCCUGGGGAAGCUCCCCGGCUCUCUGUGCACCAAGUACAUGCUGGUGGAUGCGGAGAAGGUGAUGUUUGGGUCCUACAGUUUCACGUGGACCUCAUCCCGCACGGACAGGAACCUGGUUACCGUGAUGACAGGUCAGGUGGUGGACAUGUUCGACAAUCACUUCCGGGAACUGUAUGCCGCCUCCGAUAAGGUGGACCUCUACAAGGAAUUCCACAUCCCCCAGCCGCCAGCGGUUACACCCAUGCGGAUUGCAGUGCCCCAAAAGCCCCCACCACUGGCGUCCGCUUCCCGCUUCCUGGGGGACCCCCGGCCAAACCACCUCAAGGUGCCGGCGCACAAGUACCAUAACCCCAAGUACUCUCUGGUGGUGGGCAACAGCUUGGGACUGACGAGGUCCCUUCAGGACCUCUCUGCCCUCAGGGAAUCCAUGGCCAGGGAGAGCCAGCUGAAAAUCGGCCAAACAGCCCUUCAGGCCAGCAGCGAGAAACUGGACAGGAUGUCUCCUCCGCCACCUGUCCCCGGGGACACGGAGGACGGUGCCAACCCAGCCAAGCCCAACGGACUCAGCGGAAAGAAGCAGCGCAGCUCAAGUAAGCAUUUUUCGAAGGGGCGAUCAAACAAUCAGAACGGACUGUUGGACGGGAAAGACACUGCGGCCCCUUCGAGCCCAUCACCUACCCACAAAGCUCCAGAGAGUCCUGACUCGCAGGAGCUGGAGGACAAGUUUGAGGUUGUCUUCGCAGAGAAACCUGCUCUUCUGAAAGGAAAGUACAAGAAGCCCUCGAAACUAGGUCACAGAAGCGUCUCUCUGCAGGCGAUCAACUCGCAAGGUGAAGAAGACUUUAAAGGGCGUAGGAGACAUUCAAAGAAGGUGUGUAUUCAAUCCUGAGGAAGGAUGGGAUUUUCAACCUCAGGGAGAGUUUCACCAAAUCUGACCAAGACUUGACCGCACAAAAGGCAGUCAGUGCAUGUUUACAGCGGGACCCCGUAUGCAAAGUGUUGCUCUUGUUUGACACCCUCCUGACGGGAAUACGAGUGACCCUCACCUGGCCCGGUACCCAAGGCUCUGUUUGAUUUGUAGUUCCCAAGACACUUGUCCGGUCAUCUAAUAGACUGUGACCAGAAAAUUUUCUCCACGUGGUGUCCCUGAUUUCGUUAAUAAUAGUGCUUUAUUAAUGCCAGUGGGGAAAUUCACUCAGGCUGCCACGGUGCUGCAUGCAUAUCUUUGGAGUGUGGGAGGAAACCCACGCAAAAAUGGGGAGAACGUGUGAACUCCGCACAGACUGAGCGGGGAUCAAACUCGCAUCCUCUCGCACCAUCCCGGCACUGGGACAGCACUGCUGUCCACCCUUGGCGCUGGCUAUGAGAACGAUGCGUCCGCAUAGAUAACGUGGGCUGCGCGAACAGUGUCGUUGCCAGUCAAUAGUUUACUUGUAAAGCCGACUCGAAAUCAGACCAAAACCAGUGCCGUUCGCAGAUGUCCUGCCAGGCCGUACCAAGUGACAGGUGCUCUCCUUCCACACGUUGAAUGCCUUUUUAUGACCCUUCAGUUACACGUUUUGAUGAACAGUCCCACUGAGGUAAAUGUAACCCUUACUGCAGAUGUAUUACCUUAAUGUAAAUGAGUACAUGAAAAGGACAGAAAUGUUGAUAUUGCACUGUGAUGUCACUGUCACUCAGGUACUGUCAGCACACCAGGUGUGUUUCCGUCUUCUUUGCUCCCAGCAGACUUAUUCCAGCCUACAAGUGGUUAAUAUCGGUGCGCAUAAGGGAAAUUAUUAUUGUCAAAAUCAAAAACUGUCUGUUGAAAAAGACAAGAAAAGACGCUAUAGAAACUGUCCGUUGUACCUUCUAAAUACAAACACGAUUUCCAAAGAAAAUACUUCAUUCAUUCUCAAUAUCUUGGACUGGGACUUUAAUAUGUUUGGGUAUAGAUCAGCAUAAUUACAUGCUGGUUUGAGGUGUGCUUGUAGGUGGUGUUCAUGUUUUCAGCAAAUAAAACUUGUACUCAACGGA